GAAGGAGGAGAUGAAGGCGGAGGCACUCGUCGAGAUCCCCAAGUGUCCGCACGCCAAACCACGGUUGUCGCCCGAUGAUUUUGGCGAUCAGCUAUUCCUCGUAGUAGUGGGAAAGGGAGACAACGAGCGUCGAUUCACCGUCUUCCGAAACCUCCUGACGUACCACUCCUCGUAUUUCCGCGCCGCCCUUGGAGGAGAUUGGAAAGAAAGCACACAGAAAACAGUCAAUCUGCCAGACGAUGAUCCGGAUGUCUUUAGAGCCUUCCAUCAUUGGCUGUACUAUGGAACACUCUACUCUCAGCUGACUCCGGAAGGGAAAGUACCCCUUAGUGCUUAUCUUAUCGCCAAGGUCUACGUUUUUGGGGACGCUCGUGGAAUUCCGCAUCUCUGCAAUGCUUCCGUUGACCUUCUGGUUCAAAAGUCUUUAUCAGAAUGGGUCUUUUGCCACGGCGUGUUGAACUACGUCUACGACAACACUCCAGAAAACUGCGGUCUCCGGAGGUUAUUGGUCAAAUUUGGAGCUGAGACAUAUCGUUGGACAAGAAACGUACGCAAUGCCGAGCAGAACUUUCCUAGAAUGUUCUUAAUGGACGUUAUGAUCAUGAACUACGAGGACGGGACUUAUGCUCUAGGGAAGUGCCUCAGCAAGGUCGGAAGAGCAAAGUACCUCGAGACGAUUGCAAAGGAGGCAUGUGAAUAUCACGACCACGGCCAGGCUGCUGCAGACACAUCGGCAACCAAGAACUAGGCAUCUAUGCGAAUAGAUUCCAAGGAACGAUCGAUCUGGUCUUGAUUUCACUGGAUAUCUGAAGGUUCACGAAGCUCCUAAGCGCAAGCGUGAAAUUACAUAGAGGGAAGGGGACUCGUCAGUAGCAGCCAGUUACAUAAGUCACCGUAGGGUACCAUCCACGAAUAACCAUAACAAUGCUAC